AGCUCCGCUGACCAUCGAAGCAGUGCGUGAAACCCGGAAUCGAGUUCCGUGUCAUUUCCUUGGAGGCUGAAUUCGCGAAAAAGCCUGCUUUAAUUCGUUUCUCGUGGUGUCUCGAGGUCGAGCAAUCAGCGACAUCGAGCAGAGUCUCGUUGGCUCGGAUCUAGUAUCGGAACAACUCGAGCGCUAGCGAGAAUCAUGACUGAAUCACAGCGAAUCGCAGUUUGUAUUCUCCGACAUUUGCGGGAGGAACUCAAUAGUGCCCUCGUCUCAGAAGAGAGCAAAGAGAGUCUGGAGGUUGCGAUUCAAUGCUUGGAGAGCGUCUAUGAAAUCGGCCCGGACGAUAUGGUUGCGUUGGCUGUCAAGGAAACUCUACCGAGCAUGUUCAGGGCGGCGACCGGAGGAGAAAAGAGCUCCUUCAGAGGACAAACCUCGUCCAAAGCAUCAGAACCGCCGAGGAAAGAUCCAAUUCCCGAGGCGGAACAAGCGAAAGUACAGGGCAACGAAUUAUUGAAAAACAAGAAAUACCUCGAAGCGCUGGAGAUGUAUUCGAAAGCAAUCGAUCUCGAUCCCCAAAACGCGGUCUAUUUCUGCAAUCGAGCGGCGGCCUUCAGCAAACUAGACAAAAGUCAAGAAGCGAUCGCAGACUGCGAGGCAGCCCUCACCAUCGAUCCGACUUACUCGAAAGCGUACGGCAGAAUGGGAAUCGCCUACGCAGCUACGGGAGAUCAUCAGAAAGCCCUCGAAUGCUACCAGAAGGCCUUAGAACACGAUCCGAAUAAUGAAAGUUAUCAGAACAAUGUUCGAGUCGCUCAAGAACAGCUCAAGGGUACAACAGGAGGCCGGAGCUCGAGCGGCGGAUCAGCUGGCGGCGCUGGCGGUCCUGGACUGGGUCUCGGUGGCGGACUUGGCGGUAUGCCAGAUUUCACACAGCUCCUAGGGAACCCCGCCUUGAUGAACAUGGCCACUCAGAUUAUGCAAGACCCCGGGAUGCAGAACCUUAUGACCAACAUCAUGUCUGGAACCUUGAGUGCCGGUCAGCAGCAGCCGGCACCGGAGCAGCAACAACAAGCACCGAGUGCACAGGCACCUCCCGCCGAGGGCGAUGCCGCAAGUCAACUCGGCGGAUUCAACAUCGACAACUUACUGCGGGCAGGUCAGCAAUUCGCUCAGGCGAUGCAAAGUAACCACGGACCCAUCAUUGAUCAACUGCGGCGAGAAAUGGAAUCGAGAGGGGUCAACCCGCCCUCUGGGGAUAAUAAUCCGAACAACAAUGGGGGGAUCCCAGUGAGCAAGGACCGGGUCUCAAUUGUCGCCGCUUCGUGCCUUGGCAGAUAUAGCGGAGACGCGCCAUGUUGGAGGCCUUCACUCCGUUCUCGUUCUCAUAGUGAACGUCGGUUACGCAUCCAACUUCCCAACAUGCCGAAGGAAAAGACUCACAUCAACAUCGUGGUCAUCGGCCACGUCGAUUCCGGCAAGUCGACCACCACCGGUCACUUGAUCUACAAAUGCGGAGGUAUCGACAAGCGUACCAUCGAGAAGUUCGAGAAGGAGGCCCAAGAAAUGGGCAAGGGUUCCUUCAAGUACGCUUGGGUACUCGACAAACUGAAGGCUGAGCGUGAACGUGGUAUCACCAUCGAUAUCACCCUGUGGAAGUUCGAAACUCCCAAGUACUACGUCACCGUCAUUGACGCUCCCGGACAUCGUGAUUUCAUCAAGAACAUGAUCACCGGAACUUCCCAGGCCGAUUGUGCCAUCCUUGUCUGUCCCGCCGGUACCGGAGAAUUCGAGGCCGGUAUCUCCAAGAACGGUCAGACUCGUGAGCACGCUCUUCUCGCCUACACCCUUGGUGUGAAGCAGAUGAUCGUCGGUGUGAACAAGAUGGACACCUCUGAGCCGCCGUACUCCGAGGCUCGAUUCGAGGAAAUCAAGAAGGAGGUCUCGUCGUACAUCAAGAAGAUCGGAUACAACCCCGCCACGGUUCCCUUCGUCCCCAUUUCUGGAUGGGCUGGAGACAACAUGCUUGAGCCCUCUCCCAACAUGACUUGGUACAAGGGAUGGCAGAUCGAGCGAAAAAAUCAGAAGUUUGAAGGCAAGACCCUUCUCCAGGCCCUCGAUGUCAUGGAGCCGCCCACCAGGCCCACCGACAAGCCGCUUCGUCUUCCCCUCCAGGACGUCUACAAGAUCGGCGGUAUCGGAACAGUGCCCGUGGGCCGUGUCGAAACCGGUGUCAUCAAGCCCGGUAUGGUGGUCACCUUCGCGCCGUCCAACCUCACCACUGAAGUCAAGUCCGUCGAAAUGCACCACGAAUCUCUCCCCGAGGCCGUACCCGGAGACAACGUUGGUUUCAACGUGAAGAACGUCUCUGUCAAGGAACUCAAGCGAGGAUUCGUCUGCGGAGACUCCAAGGACAACCCUCCCAAGGAGACCGGAUGCUUCGACGCUCAGGUCAUCGUUCUCAACCACCCUGGUCAGAUCCAGAACGGUUACUCGCCUGUGCUCGAUUGCCACACGGCGCACAUUGCCUGCCGUUUCAGGGAAAUCAAGGAGAAGUGCGACCGUCGUACCGGCAAGAAGCUCGAGGAUUCCCCAAGUUCAUCAAGACCGGAGAUGCUGCCAUCGUCGACCUUGUUCCUCAGAAGCCCAUGUGCGUCGAGUCCUACACGGACUUCCCUCCUCUUGGACGUUUCGCUGUUCGUGACAUGAGACAGACGGUUGCUGUCGGUGUCAUCAAGUCCGUCAAGGCCAAGGAGGUCUCCGGUGGCAAGGUCACCAAGGCCGCCGAGAAGGCUGCCAAGAAGAAGUAAACGAAUCCGAAACAAAAACUUACCAACCGACGCGCGGGGAACGAGUUUUUGCUCUUCUCCUUUCAUCGGGGUUGAUCUAUUUAAUUUGUUGUAAAAACAAUAAACCCUUUCUACGAC